AUGUCCGUUGUCGACACGGGGGCGGAAGAUCGGGCCACGUCGGCAACUGCUUCGAAUCAAGGAGACGUCGAAAUGUCUUCAGAAGAUCCUCCGUUGUCCCUCCCGCCGCACCUCGUCGCUCGCUUGUAUCCCAUCCCGAAAGACCGCCGACGUGCCUCUGUGCCUUCAUCUCGCCGGAGCUCCAUCUCGUCGUUGCAUUCGUCCGUAUCCGCUCAUGGAGGACCACACGGCGAUAUGCCACAGCAUCUGCGCCGCGCGUCCAUUAUCGAGUCACGCAAGGCUCGCCUUGCUGACAGAGCAGCGCAUGUCGAGAAAGUCAGGCUGCGCGCAGCUCUUGCGAAGAGUGACACAAAGAGUGCGUUGAAGGAGGAGCGAGCCUUGGCCGCGCAGCAGGCACGGGAGAAGUUAUUGGCUGAAAUCGCUGCCAGAUGCGAGGAAGAGGUGCGCCGGGCUAAGAAGAAAGCCGAAGAAAUAAAGGAGCGCAAGGCAGCAGAGCAUGCGAGACAUCGCGUCGAGAUGGCGGAAAAAUUUGCCGAAGUUGAACGAAGGAGGCUACUAUACCAGCAGACCCGUUCUCGCCGGACAAGCUCUGCCGAGAGAAAAGCCACAAGGCGUCCAUUCGCCAAAAUUCUCAGUCAGCGUGCCGCUGCUUGUAUCAUCCAAAGGGCCUGGCGCAACUACCGCACUCGUGCUACAAUUAGUCACUUUAGGUCAUUGGAUCUUUCUUUGGAAGAUUUCGCAACCUCAGUUUUGAAGAGUAAUGGAGAGCAGGAGCAAGAUCUGAUCACUAAAGCGCAGGAUCUACUCGUCAUCUUCGAGCAGGUCAUCACACAGCUUUCUUCGAUCGGAGUUUCUCCAGCUUCGUUGUCCGGCGACUUGCAGACGCUGUCCGACUUGUACAACACCUUCUUCUCCGCCUUCCAUGCCUGGAAAUCCCAUGAUUCUAGCGUGCUGAUUGAGAUUAUGUUAGCGCAGUUUGUUGAGCUUGAGCUUAUCUGGCAGGCUGUGAAGGAUGAUCGCGAGGGAGGCGUUGCUGAUGACUACCAGAAGGGUAUCCGUCACAACCAGAUUUUACUAUUGGCACGGUUGAAGAGACUUGCCGGUCCAGGCAGAGCUAUGGAUUUGGUCAAGCAGGCGCUAAGGAAAGCAAAGCGAGAAAAGCGCAGAAACGGCACGUCUACCAAGGCAAUCCCGCGUGCUGUGACCGACCUACCGUCGAGCGGCGAUGUGCCUCCAGAAGAGGUCCACUCUCCUCUCCGCGAUGUCUUUCCUGCCGAUGCUGAGCAUUGGCCGCAGCCACCCUCUGAACAGGAAGGACUCAGUCCACAGGCCCAAUUUGUUAAACUCCUUACCGCAUUGCCAGACAAUAGAACGCUCGUUCAUGAAUUGUUGAUCAAUCGCGAAUUCAAAAUCGACGAAAAGUCGUACACCCAAGUUCGGCGGCAAGUGAUGGAGCAUAUGUGCGACAUGAUGAGAAAGGACGCUGAAGCUGGCCUGGGCGCCGAUUGGACUGUUGCGAUGGCUACGGUCAUACAGGACCGGUUGCUACGUUCAUUAAAGCCCGGGAACUCACUCCAUAAUCUAAUCAGCGAGGUGCUCGACCCAACUCAUAUCGGGAACCAGUGCAAGGCGGGAACCUUCUCGUACGAUGCAUUUUUCGAUUUUAUGAGCACUGUCCUUCCAAAGCUCUGUGCUCCCUUCCGCGACCCAGAUGUGAAGGCUUUUGCGGAGGAUAAAUCCGGGGAUGCAAUCGACCGGCUGGCAAAGCUGAUGGGGAUCAUCGAUCUUUUAUCCCUGGAUCACACCAAUUUUAUGCUGCAGAUGGCAGCUCCUCAGCUCAUCCAAGAAGGGCCUGGGUAUGAACAGCGAGCGUUUAGCAAAGAUGUGGAGAGUGGGGCCGUUACACUCGAGAGAACGAGAAGAUUCUGGCAAUCUAGUCGCAAGGCGAUAAUUGCGGAGAUGAAGAAACGAGACCCUGAAAGCUGCGGAGUCGACAUAGCACCUUCGGUCGCAAAAAUAUAUGCUCAAGGCCUUGUUUGCCUUGUACUGAGUAAUGGGAAUCUGCCGCGAGAACAGCUCCCAGAGACGUUGAACCUGGAUCGUGCUCGAUUAGAUCAGCUUCGGUCGCAGUCGUUUAAAAUAGCGGCCACUGCCGCCAUUCUACUCAGUGCGAAGAAUUUACUGAAACGAGACGUACGCUCCCAGUGGAAGGGGGAGGCGGAGCGGAUUCUGUCUCUCGACUUUAGUGAGAUUAAGCCGGAGCGGGUUCAGUCGAUCCUAGACUCAACACAUCCCAUGCCUGCGGCAACCAGAUCGCAGCUGCUUUCCACUAUUAAGCGGGUCUUGACCCCUGCAUCUGCGGCGUCUGCGACUGCAUCUUCCUCGUCUGCACCAGGCGUUACUGUGACGAGCGAGCCCGCCUCACCAUCGUUUCCAUCAUACUCCAAUGCAGCGGCUGAGGCACCCCCGAGUGCGAUGUAUUUUACGGAUCCCGUUGCUAAGCUAAUGCUCUCUCGGCUUCGAGCGCAUGUUUUGGCACGCCUCAGCGCAGCCAGCGCAAGAGAGCGAAUCCGUACGACCACCACUGCCAGCCAGAGUCUUGCGGCGGCGGGCAUGCCUGAAUUUGUGAGCGAGGUGGGCAAGAUUGUGGACAGUCUGAAUCGAAUCCGGGAAGUCGACUGGAUGUGCCAUGGUGUGGCGUACGAGAAUAUUUGGAACGAGGGUGCCGAGGAGACACAAUAG